GACGAAAUAGAAACAUGGCCUCUAUCUCUUCUUCUUUUUAGACAGACCAUUAAUUUAAAAUAUUGGACUUGAGGUGUGGCUCUUCAGGAAGUGAUAAAGAAGCGGGAAGGUUGCGGUGCGCUUCGCCCUUCGGCACUCCUCCCUCCGGGCGGUGGCUUGGGCCGUCCCAGAUCGAGGCGCGCGGGGGCGGAAGCGGCGGCGGCUGUCAGAGCUGGAGAGGGGCCGGGCGCGGCGGACAUGGAGGGUCAGCGCUGGCUGCCGCUGGAGGCCAACCCUGAGGUUACCAACCAGUUUCUCAAACAGUUAGGUCUACAUCCUAACUGGCAAUUUGUUGAUGUAUAUGGAAUGGAUCCUGAACUCCUUAGCAUGGUACCAAGACCAGUCUGUGCAGUGUUACUUCUCUUCCCUAUUACCGAAAAGUAUGAAGUAUUCAGAACAGAAGAGGAAGAAAAAAUAAAAUCUCAGGGACAGGAUGUUACAUCAUCAGUGUACUUCAUGAAGCAAACUAUCAGCAAUGCCUGUGGAACAAUUGGACUGAUCCAUGCUAUUGCGAACAAUAAAGACAAAAUGCACUUUGAAUCUGGAUCAACCUUGAAAAAAUUCCUGGAGGAGUCUGUGUCAAUGAGCCCUGAAGAACGAGCCAGAUACCUGGAGAACUAUGACGCUAUCCGAGUUACUCAUGAGACCAGUGCCCACGAAGGUCAGACUGAGUCCUCCUCGCCAUCUUCAUCACAGCCUCAUUCUAGCCACUGCAGAACGAAGGCCUCAUCAUUGUGUCACCAUGCAUCCCUGCCCUGGGUCAAACGUAACCAUGUAGGCCCUGCAAAGGCUACCAGUCCAUCUCUCCGUCUUCGUCGCUGGCGACCCUUCUUACGCCUACCAUCUUUGGGUCUCCAUUCUGUUGCACCAAAUAUAGAUGAAAAAGUAGACCUUCAUUUUAUUGCAUUAGUUCAUGUAGAUGGGCAUCUCUAUGAAUUAGAUGGGCGGAAACCAUUUCCAAUUAACCAUGGGAAAACUAGUGAUGAGACUUUACUAGAGGAUGCCAUAGAAGUUUGCAAGAAGUUUAUGGAACGUGACCCUGAUGAAUUAAGAUUUAACGCAAUUGCUCUUUCUGCUGCGUAGAUUGUCAUUGGAAACACUAAAUAUUGUAUUAUUUGAAACAGAAGUUAAAUUUCCGCUGCCAUACACUAACUCAAAAAUUUUGAUAUUUUUCAUUAACUUGACUGAUUAAACUUUAUGUGAGUUAAACUUUGA